ACCAGCCAGCUCCGUUAUGGUGACCCACAGCCCCAGCAUCGUGAUUAGUGAUGAUGAACCAGGUUAUGACCUAGAUUUAUUUUGUAUACCUAAUCAUUAUGCUGAGGACUUGGAAAAGGUGUUUAUUCCUCAUGGACUAAUUAUGGACAGGACCAAAUGGCUGGCUCAAGAUGUGAUGAAGGAGAUGGGAGGCCAUCACAUCAUGGCCCUCUGUGUGCUCAAGGGGGGCUAUAAAUUCUUUGCUGACCUGCUGGAUUACAUCAAAGCACUAAACAGAAAUAGUGAUAGAUCUAUACCUAUAACUGUAGAUUUUAUCAGACUGAAGAGCUAUUGUAAUGACCAGUCAACAGGUGACAUAAAAGUAAUUGGUGAAGAUGAUCUCUCAACUUUCACUGGAAAGAAUGUCUUGAUUGUUGAAGAUAUAAUUGACACUGGCAAAACAGUGCAAACCUUGCUUUCCUUGGUCAAGCAGCAUAAUCCAAAGCUGGUCAAGGUUGCAAGCUGGCUGGUGAAAAGGACCCCUCAAAGUGUUGGAUAUAAACCAGACUUUGCUGGAUUUGAAAUUCCAGACAAGUUUGUUGUAGGAUAUGCCCUUGACUGUAAUGAAUACUUCAGGGAUUUGAAUCAUGUUUGUGUCAUUAGCAAAACUGGAAAAGCAAAAUACAAAGCCUAAGAUGAGAGUUCAAGUUGAGUUUGGAAAUAUCUGUAGUCCCAUUGAAAUCACCAGGAAAAUGAUCAGAUGUUCUAGUUCUGUGACCAGCUGCUUAGUAGAGCUUAUUGCAUGUAUCUUCUAAGAAUUUUAUCCGUUUUGUAUUUUAGAAAGGCCAGUUGCUGCAUUCCUGAACUCUUUAUUUGCACUAGGAGCCUGUAGACUAUCAGUUCCCUUUGGGUGGAUUGUUGUUUGACGUGUGAAUGAAAAAUCU